AAUAACAGAGGCCAUUUUGCGCAGGAAGCCGCGGCAUCAUUCAAUAAUAAUAAAGAAAAAAAAAAAAACGGAAACAGGAGGCAGGUUCAGCCCAUUUCUGGAAAGGGGGGUUGACGAGAGUGCUUAAGAGCCGGCGGAGUGGUGCGGGACAGCGGUGCUAGCCUGGCGUUUGUUGUGAGAAGAAGACGAGGAAGAAGGGGAAAAAAAGAAAAGGGGGGCAUGCGGUAACUAAUUGUGCCGCCACUUCCGUGGAGGUUUGUGCCGUAAAGAAGAAAAAAAAAGGGGGAGGUGGGGGGAAGAGGACAGGGCUGCUUCUUCACCGCAGUGCUACCCGAGCCCCGGUGACCCCCGAGAGAGAGAGAGAAAGAGAGAGGGGAGUUGCCUUUUGAGUUAGCUGACCGGCAACAUCCAUGCGCGGCGAAAAAACAGGUGUACGGUUUCAUCACACGGACGCCGCACUAGCUUCCGAGCCACCUUGCUCGUCUGUGUGUGUGUGUGUAUGUGUGUGUUUGUGCGUGUACUCCAGCGCUUGUUCGAGUGAGGACUUCCCCACAUGGUAGAAGAAGAAGCUGGUAGCCCGACGAUAUGUUGCGGAAUUAGUCGUGUUAAGAGUUGGUCUGUCUGCGUGCGCAUUAGCACAUCUCUGAGCGACCCCUAUUCACAGGCAAUCAACGUGUCAGCAACACGGAGUCAAAGAAUAUCUCAUGCAUUAAACAGGGUGAGAUCUGGGAAUAAAGCUUGACUGGGAGGAGAGACUUAUCCUGAGCAGAGGGCAGAAGAAGGAGCGAUCUAAUCAGAAUAUAAGAAGAGAAAGAAGAAGGAAAAGGAAGUUGGGCUCACAGCUCACCUAUACCUGACUCUUCUUAGCAAGUCUCCAGUCUUUUGGUUUUAUGACGGAAAGUGUAUCCCCCUGCUCAGUAAGAAGCGCUCUUCAAUAUGAAUACAGAUAGCGGAGGAUUUGCUCGCAAAAGCGUGGCCUUGUCACUCACACUCUCUCCCAUGAAGAGGGUCCAGAGCUCACCAAAUCUAGGCACAGGGAGUGAUUCUCACUCAUCAGACUUGGAUUCCUGGCGGUCACGCAGUGUAACAGAUGGGCUUAAGAAUGGAGACGCCAACAGCUCAUCUCUUGCUGCCAAAGGCUUUCGCAGCGUCAGACCCAACCUACAGGACAAAAAGUCUCCAACACAGGAUAGCAAUCACUUCCCCUUGCCACCCCCGAGGAGAGAGAGUUUCCACUUUUCACCCACUGGCAGUAAUCUGCCAGACUACAACUCUAUCAUUGCACUGGCUAAUGAUUUUAGCCCAGGAACACUAACCCUCACUCAGAAUGAAAAAUCAAUCUUGAAAGAGACCUACACUAUUAGUAGCACAUCUUCUUACUCCUACUCAGAGACCAGCACAGACCCAGUUCAACAGACAGACCAGUCCACUGUCCCAAAUGACAACUGUAGUGCAUCCAUCACCACUAAUUCACAGUCCCAGGAGCGUAAGGUCUCUUCCCUCAAGCUAACCCCUGUCACCAUCCCUGACCCCCCAGCUCACAGCAACUCUUACCUUGACCCCCAAACUAAGACCACAGGUUCCCCACCACACACUCCCCUCGCUCCUCAAAAGGGUCCCACCCUGUCUCCACCCUCGACACAGACAGCCUCAUUUUCUGUCAACUUGGGCCCGGAGAAUCUGAAACAACCAGAGUCUUCAAAAGGCACAGUGGAACCCAAGGUCCCUGACCGAGCCCCAAAACAAACCCCAAGUGCAGGUCCAACCCAGGUGGAGAUAACGAAGGCACCUCCUGCAGUACCGCCAAGACCCUCUGCUGCUCAACUUUUGGGCCAAGUCCUCUCUCACGCAAUGAAUGGAAGUACCAGCCAUCAGCAGAGGCCCCUCUCUCCCCCGGCCUACCCUCCUCCCCCCAUCUCACUCCACACUGGGCUCCAGAGACAGAGCAGGAGUUCAGAGGGCAGCGAGUCAGUCACCAGAGAGUCUGUGGUGUCGGGCCACACCAGCGUCAGCAGCACUGUGCCCAUUGCCAGCUUCUCAGAAGAAGAGAAAAAGGUGUCCCUCAUUAAAGCUCCACAUUAUGAAGGCAUUGGCCCCGUGGAUGAGUCUGGCAUCCCUAUCGCCAUCCGCACGACGGUGGAUCGGCCUAAGGAUUGGUACAAAACUAUGUUCAAACAGAUCCACAAGGUUCACAAAGCAGAUGACGACUAUUCUGACACAUAUAAUGCAACAUAUGCUGUCAUAAACAGUGAUGACUACAGCCUACAGUCGUCAAACCCCACGAUGGCCCACCCUGCUCCCCGGACACAUACGUACAGGCCUCUCACAAAAAGCCCUUCGGACAACGGAGGGCAUCUGGGGCCUCGGGAGCCUUCACCAUCCCCUGUACCCCCACCACCUCCGCCCAUGCCAUCUCUGCUCCAGCUGAGGGCGAGAGACAGUGACCGCGAGAAAGACUCGCCUGAUUCGAAUGAAUGGGGACCUCCCAACAGAAAAGUGGACACACGAAAGUACCGCGCAGAGCCCAAGAGUAUUUUUGAGUAUGAGCCUGGGAAGUCCUCUAUUUUGGAACAAGAAAGACCGACCUAUGAUGACAUAGAUUUAGAGAACGAGCCUUGGUAUAAGUUCUUUUCCGAGCUGGAGUUUGGGCGGCCGCCUCCUAAAAAACGGCUGGAUUAUAAUCCAGACAUCUCCGCUCGCCAGCGCAUUGAGACAUCCCUGCACAUCGCUCCUGCUGACAAGGCUCCGGAGAGACCUGCGAGUGCUGCCAGCGACUACAGGAAGAGAAGGAAGUCUGAGCCAUCAAGUUCCCAAGUGAAUGCUCAGUCUCAGAACAGAGCUGCCACUUCCCCUAAACCAGUGGAUGCCUACAGACCCAGCAGCAGCCUAAAGAAACCUGUGAUUCGUUCCUCACCAUCCUCACCCUCCAGAGCCAAAGACCAGGAUGUCUCCAGGUGUUAUUCCAGCAUGGAUGGACGCCUCACACCCCAGAGCAGAAGAUCUGUUCCUGACAGAGAGGUCUCCCAUAAACAGAUGACACAACUUAUUCUGUUCUCUCUCCUCCAUCAGAAACAGCCCGCAAGAGCCAUUUAUGAUUUUAAGGCACAGACAGCUAAGGAGCUGACAUUUAAGAAGGGCGAUUCGGUGAACAUCAUCCGACAGAUAGACAACAACUGGUAUGAAGGGGAGCACCGUGGACGGGUUGGAAUAUUCCCCAUGUCAUAUGUAGAAAGGAUGCCGUCCACAGAGAAGCAGCAGCCCAUUCGUCCACCUCCACCAGCACAUGUCAGAGAGAUCGGAGAGGCAGUGGCUCGCUACAACUUCAAUGCAGACACUAAUGUGGAGCUGUCUCUUAGAAAGGGCGAGAGAGUGAUUGUGAUAAGGCAGGUGGACCAGAACUGGUAUGAGGGGAAGAUCCCAGACACAACCAAACAGGGCAUCUUUCCCGUGUCAUACGUUGACAUCGUCAAGCGCUCCCCGUCCAAGAGCUCCACCCACCACAUAGACCCACAUGGUUACCCUGGUAACAGGACACCGAGCUCUACACCCAUCAAGCGAUUAGUACAGGAUGCACUUCAAGGUGGAGGAGACCCGUACCAGGCCGUGUACAACUACAUGCCUCGCAACGAGGAUGAGCUGGAGCUGAAGGAGGGCGACGUUGUGGAUGUGAUGGAGAAGUGCGACGAUGGCUGGUUUGUUGGGACCUCUCGGAGGAGCAAGUUGUUUGGAACCUUCCCAGGAAACUACGUGAAGCAGCUAUAAUGAUGAUUCCAGACUCCUCCACCCCCUGGCCCCGCCCCCCUUCUGUGACACGUCCAUCGCCCUCAGCACAGCACCCGCAGGACGCCACCUCCCAACGCUCACACCCUCCCUCAAGACGUGCCGCACAUUUAUGUGUUUGCGUGUAUGUGUGGCUUGUCGGCUUCACACAGACAGAACAUUUAGCUCUAACUAGCCAUCUUUAAUGGAAGACUUCUAUAAAGAUAAUGUUGUUUUUUUAAUCUUGUCUUUUUAUCCUUAUUUUUCUAUCAUGGAGAACCCAAACUUUGUGCUCCAGUCAGUGACCUUUAACUUUUCACAGUGAUGGAAGGAUAUCAAAGGAACCUUUGCAAACAUUCAGUGAUAGAAAAUGGCACCUCGCUGGUGCCUUUCUCUCUGUUAAAGGGCAGUAAGAUCACAACGAUCACCUUAUUUUUUUUUUUUUAUUCCCGCACAUUUAAAAAAAAACACCUGUUAGAUUUUAUUUUACUGUUCAAUUACAAAUAUCCCCAAAGACGGAGCAAAGAGUGUUGUAAAAACAGUAUUCUGUCAGCAGGUCUGUUGCAUAUGAAUUGUGUUGAAGGGAUUGCAGCCAUGCAGCCGAUAUUUCAGGUAAAAGGAUGUUACGUCCCACAGAAAAGACUGUGCGUGUAUCAAUGUUACGUGUUACCCGAGGUAUUGAUCGUCUCUUAAGAAUUUGGGUAUAUAUUUGUCAAGAAACGCAUCAUUAUAUCUCAAAUUAUGUAAAAGUGGCAGAAAAUAUCAUUGACGCUGGUGUACUUGCUGUCUAAACCUGAUAGAUCUAAAGUUUAAGAUUAGAAAACACAAAAUUCUUCUUCAUGAACAUCUACACACUAGGAUUGAUGCACUUUAACACAAUUUCAUGUUUGUUUUAUCUCAAAAUUUCACUUCAGAUUUUUCACACUUGAGGUUAACAGGACUGUGGGGCUUCUGGGUAUAUUGGUCAUGUUUGGAAAGUGUAUGCAAAAAAGGUCACCGACCUUUUAGGUAUUAUAUUUAUUAGAGGACAAGUGCUGGUCAAACUGUGUUAUAAGAUGAUUUUAGAAGGGAUGGAAAUGACACGUUCAACACAUUUGAAGGGUUGUUUUUUUUUAUUGUCAAGUAUAUAAUUGUCAGUAACACUAGAGUUGACGGGCUAUGAUUAUGCCGGUUGUCAUGAUGUUUUAUGUUGAAUUAUUUAAGCCAGAUGCAGGAUGAGACGGCAUUUUAUCAGAAACUUCAGUCAUGUAACUGCAGUUUUUGUUGUUGUUUUUUUCCACUAGAUUUUGGUGGCAUCUUUUAACCCAGUUGUCACUGUGUUAAGUAGUAAUAUACAAUAUUAGGAAUUACUGUCAAUUUCCACCGUAUGUUGUCAUGCUCAGUGAAUGUGAUUUAUGUUAUUUUCUUUUCUCAUUUUACGUGUUUCACAUAGGAUGGACACUGACGACAAAAAAAAAAAACAAUUGUUGAAGCACCUUAAGAUAUAUUUUGAUUUCUCAUUCACGCAUCACCUGUCACCUCCAUGUCAUCCACUCUUUCAGCUGGUGUGAGAACACUUGUUUGUGUGUGUGUGUUGGUGUGUGUGUGUGUGUGUGUGUGUGUGUGUGCGCGCGCGUGUGUGUGUGUGUGUGUGUCUGGUGUCUGUGGUGUUUUUGUAAGCCUUUUGUAUGAGAGCUGUAAAAUGGCCAACAUCCACUUGCUUUAUAAAGUCAGCUUUUUCUCACCCACCAUCACAUUUGGUUUCCUCUCCUUCUUUCUUUCCUCACGUUCUUCAUCAGUGGUGCUAAUUUUUCACCAUAGCCGGGCAUGUAGGCCUUUUUUUUUCUUCCUGCAGUUAUUUGUUGUUUUAGGAGCCAGUGACGUAUUUAAACUCAAGUUACUGUAGGUAGACUGAGUAGAGUUGGUUGAUUGCUGCCUUACAUCCAACUCGCUAAUUUUUAAUAGCCAUGUAUAUGUAAACCUCUUCUGUGAUGCAAAAAAAAAAAAAAAAAAAAAAAAGUUAAUUUAUGCAUAUAUAGUUUAGAAAACGUGUCGGGAGGUGUGCACAGGACAUGAUCACAAACUCUAGUUUGCCUUUGAUACAACAUACAUUAGGAACAGAUUUGGAUUGGAAGAGUUUGACUCCUGAUAUGUUUAUACAUGUAAUACAACUGUAAAUCUUAUAUGUUAUUCAUGUUAAUAUCAAAUUCAAUGCACACUCUUGGACCUAAGUAUUUCUAUCUGCUAAUAUCUUAGCAUUUGUUGGAUGAUUUUAUGGGGGCUGUAUUGCUAAUAAAAUCCAGCUGGUAGAUGAAAUAUUCCUAAUUAUUUUUCUCUUUUCAGCUCAACAGUGAAGUUGAGGGCUAAAAAGGGAAUCUCAUUUGUUACCAUUAAAGGUACACUGCAGAGUUUUUCCCAAUAUUUCACUCAAGUAUAGAGGUGACGCGGUGCACAUUUAUAUCUCUUGCACACGAUACCACAGGUUGACAGCUGGUGGCGGUAAUGUGCAGUAAAAAUCAAUCAGCCAACUGAAGAGAAGUUUGGGGGGAAAAAAGGGGAAAACGCUGUGCACAUAAUUGAUUGAAUUAUUAAGGCACAAUGCUAUAAAACGUCUUAAAGUUAUGAAUGAUGAAACUUGGAUAGCAACCUGAAAAAAGCUGUUAUUGCUUGAUUAUUUUCAUAUAGAACAAGACUGGUGUUAUAUAUUUUUCUUGUUGUCCAUAAAGCCCAUAAAAAGACAGAAACCAUC